AAUGCUCCGUCCGCUCGUAUUCGGUUCCCGGGGACCCAUUUUACUUUACAGGCACUUUUUCUAAGUCCUGGGCCCUUUAUUUUGUGUUCUGUCUCCCUCCCCCCCGACAAGUUAAAUUCUGCCAGGACUACAAGCAGAUUACUUAAACAGAGCUACAUACAAAUCUCAAGCCAUGCUACUACCCUCCUCACUACUACUCCUCCUUGGCCUCCUCACCUGGAGUCCCAGUGCAACAUGGGCUGCUAAAGUGAUUGUGGUCCCACCCAUCAUGUUUGAAUCACAUCUCUACAUCUUCAAGACGCUGGCAACGGCUCUACACCAGGAGGGCCAUGAGACCCAUUUUCUAGUUUCAGAGGGUCGCGAGGUGCCGCCCUCUCCUCACUACCAUUUACAGCGCUAUCCAGGGAUCUUUAACAGCACUACGGCCGACAAUUUCCUCCAAUCCAAAGUCACCAACAUCUUCUCAGGCCGCCUGACAUUUCUGGAACUGUUUGACAUUCUUGACCACUACUCUCAGAACUGUGAUGCUGUUGUUGGCAGUGUUGAAGUAAUGAACCGCCUGAAAGAGGCCAAGUUUGACCUGCUGCUAGUGGACCCUAAUGAAAUGUGCGGUUUUGUGAUCGCUCAUAUCCUGGGUGUGAAAUAUGCUGUGUUCAGCACAGGCCUGUGGUACCCUGCAGAGGUUGGAGCUCCAGCCCCGUUAUCUUACGUACCCGAGUUCAAUUCGUUGCUGACAGACCGCAUGUCCCUGAUGCAGAGAAUCACAAACACAGCUGUUUACCUGGUGCAGCGCUUUGGAGUCCAUUACAUUGCAUUACCCAAGUAUGACCGGAUUAUGAAGAAACAUGGAGUAAAGCCUCAAGUGGCCAUGGCUGACUUGGUGCAGGGCAGCCGGCUGUGGAUGCUCUGCACUGACAUGGCUCUGGAGUUCCCCAGGCCCACCCUUCCACAUGUGGUGUACAUUGGGGGCAUCCUCACUAAGCCCCCCAGCCCACUGCCACAGGAUUUUGAGGCAUGGGUGAAUGACACAGCGGAGCAUGGCUUUGUGGUCGUGUCAUUUGGAGCUGGCGUCAAGUACCUUUCCCAUGACAUUGCUCACAAACUGGCAGGAGCCCUCGCCAGGCUGCCCCAGCGUGUCAUCUGGAGAUUUUCUGGCGUUCCACCCAGUAACCUUGGCAACAACACCAAGCUUGUAGAUUGGAUGCCUCAGAACGACUUAUUAGGUCAUGCUAACACAAGGGCCUUCCUGAGCCAUGGGGGUCUGAACAGCAUCUACGAGGCCAUGUAUCAUGGGGUGCCGGUGGUUGGUGUGCCCCUGUUUGGCGACCACUAUGACACCAUGACCCGUGUGGCAGCCAAAGGAAUGGGCAUCAUGAUACACUGGAAAUACAUGACGGAGGAAGACCUCUUCAUAGCCCUGACCAGCGUCAUCAAGGACACCAGAUACCGCCAGCAAGCACGUCUUCUCUCCAACAUUCACAAAGAUCAACCAGGCCACCCUGUGGACAGGGCCGUUUAUUGGAUCAGCUAUAUCCUCCGUCACAACGGUGCCAACCACCUGCGCUCAUCUGUAUACGAGGUGUCCCCCUACCAGUACUUCCUGCUGGAUGUGAUUUUUACUGUAGGGGCUACCUUGGCUCUAACAGGCCUUGCCCUGCAGCGGUUGGUACGAUUGCUGAGGGGGAAGGUCGGGGACCACAGCAGAGGAGGUAACAUCAGGGAUGAUGGUAACAUGGCCAAUGGACAUUGCCAUAGCGAGAGCAUGGCCAAUGGGAAACACAAACGCAAUGGCUCCUUGAAAAACGAGAAGAAGAUAAAUUAAUGUUCUGAGUGGCAAAGAGGGACGAGGAAGAAGUUGCCCUAAGGACUCAGCUCUAGGUUUGGUUAAGUGGUUUUAUGAAAGCUUGGAAAGGAAGCUGUUCUUAGGUCUGCGUCAAGAGGCAACUGCUACUCAGAGCAUGGAAGAGGCUGUAGGAGGAUACACAAUGCAUCGUGUGAGGACAGAGCAAAGCAUCGGGUGCUCAAAAUCUGUGUGUGUGUGUGCGUGUGUGUGAAUGUGUAUGUGUGCAAUAAGGCGAAUUUAACAAAGACUCUUAACAGCAGCUACAGCAAUACAACACUAAAUUUGAAUGUCUUUGAGGAUGAAAUACAGGAAAGACACAUUGGAAGAAGUCGUUUCAGCAUGUGCAUCUUCGCUCCUGCAUGUUCUCUUUGGUCUUCCUGCCUUCCUGUGCAAUGGAAGGAUCACGAAGAGGGGAAAUCUUGAGCGCCAACCCCUCAUCCUCAGAACAAAACAAGAAAACAAACAGCUUUUGAAAUAUUUCGGUUUUAAUGUUUUUAACUGCAAUCUCCAAGUGUCUGGUAAACUGUAAAUAGAGCAUAAAUCUAUUUAUUACUGUACAAAGACAUUUUAAGGAUGGAUCUUUUUAACCUAUCUUAUUUUUAAUUUAUUUCAUAUAUAAGUGGUGUGAAAAUAUGAUAGUAGAUUGACACUCCCUAGUCUAAGGUCACAUCUGCACAACAUUGCGUCCUUCACAUUCGAGAAACAAACGAAACAAAAACUGAUAGCAGUCGUCAUUGUAAGCAUGCACAGGUCUGUGCUUUCUGCACUUGCAUUAUCCACAGUAUUCACUGUGGUCUUCAGACUGAUCAGUAUGAAAAUGCGCAAUUUUCCCUUUUCACAUGGUAGUGCCAACUUGUGACUGCACUUAGCUGUGCAGCGUCCCCAUUGUCUCCUGACUGACUUUUGUUCUGGUGGACAAUAACUCUGCUGAACUCUGUUUGGCUUAUCCGUGUGAAAAGGUGAUUAUGUAAAAUUGAAAAGAUACAGCAAUGAUAACUACUGAGGAUACUAUGGAUAGGCAGAGCCAGAUCAGAAAUGUGCUCUAGCUCAUCCAGACAGGUGAUAAGGGAUGAGUCAGAGCAUUAUUGAUUUAUGAUUACUUGCUUCGUCAGUCCCAUAUCUUAAUUCUACACCCCUCAUCUAUUUAUUGCAUAGUAAAGAAUAAUCACCUAAUCGCCAUUUUCAGUGCUACACUCAACUUUAUACUUCAUUCAUAAUUUAUUUGUUAAUUAUUUGUUAAUAAAUGCACUAACUCUAACAUGUGUUCCAAAUACUAGUUUAAAUGAUACUAUUCAGGUAGGAAUUCCCAAUUCAGUGCUUUACUUCUGUAUAUCUGUUUGCUGUUAAAGUUCAUGUACAAACUAGGCACACCUUAUGUAAUUAUAUUAAUUCUGAGUGUGAUUGAUUCACAUUCCGUAUGUGGCCUUUUAUAAUGCAACUAUAUGUGUAUACAGUAUGCUUGAAUACCGAUGUGCAUGUGUGUGCUUGUUGUUUCAGUGCUUGAGUGUUUUGGAUCAUUAUACAGCAAUAGACCAACUGUAUGGGUGACACAAAGCAGAUGUGGUAUGUCUUUAUCCACGGAGAGUCAUGUAAAAAUAAUUACUGACUUCUUAGUUCUGUGAAGUUAAAUCGUAUGCCCAAAAAUAUGCAAAGGAUUCCGUCUGUUCUUUUCUUUCAGUGAGACUGAAGUUGCCUUCCGUGACUUCUCUAUCAUCAUUAUUUUACUCGUGUUUCUUGGCCAGCAUUAAGAAGCUGUGUCUGUUCAUUUUAAAUGCAGAUGAGUGGAUGAGGACGGCUGUAAGAAGAGAAAAAGAAUGCUAUAGUUCCGACAAUAAAGGUGAAUCCCGGUACUUUUACAUUGAA